CCACACAGACCAUUGAAGCUCACCCUGACUUCUGACUUCAUUCAGAACCAUAGAAUUGAUAUCACAUCCAAACAGAAGCAAGAGGAUUUUAUCAUGGCGGAGCUCAUCAUCUCGGCGGUUGUCGGGGACAUGGUCGGUAGGGUGAUAUCUCUUCUCGCUGGCCGGUUCAAAGGCCAAGGGUGCACCGACGCCAAGCUACGGAGGAUUUGCCAUAUGCUUGUCAAGGUUCACAGUGCGGUAGAGGAGGCCAAAGGGAGGCAGAUCACAAACUGUGGCACCCUCGAGUGGCUCUCGGAGCUCAACGACGGUGUGUACCAGGGCCGCUACUUGCUCGACACGGUCCAGUGCAGAGAUCAGGAGCUUGAAGAUGAGCAUGCUGACAAGGUAGUGGGACAGCCUUUCUCUUUAUCCUUGCUUAAUCCUGCAAAGCGUGUGCGCGUAGCGGCGUGUGCCGUGAAGAGCCUAUUGUCUCGCCAUGAUGUUGGUGUUGGUGAGGACAUGGAUAGAGUGGUAGAGAUCUUGGAAACCGUAUCUAGUGAUCUCAAGGAGUUCAUGAUGCUCCUACGCAACUGCCAGCCCAUCCAUCGUCCUUUGGCUACUAAUAUCUUUGUCGAGGGGCAGAUGUUUGGCCGACAUGUCGAGAAACAGAGGAUCAUCAACUUCCUGUUGCACGAUGGUGGUCCGUCAACUGGAGAAAAAGUGGGUGUGCUUCCCAUCGUCGGCGACAUAGGAGUCGGGAAGACCACCCUUGCUCAGCAUGUCUGCGAUGAUGAGAGGGUGCGCAGCCACUUUCCAAUAAUCUUAUAUUCCAAUCUCUUAUACACCAGGGCAAUGGCAAGGGGUGAGGCAGCGCUUGUUCUAGGAUCCAGACACACAGUUAGAGAUGCUAAAGAAUUCAUCGAGUCACUGCAUGUACUCAAGCAGAAAUACUUCACCAAGAGGUUCUUGAUGGUAUUUGAAGAUGUUGACGCGGACAAGAAGCAGUUGCUAGAAGAGAUACUGUUGAUCUUAAGACAUGGAAAACAUGGAAGCAGGAUCAUAAUCACCACAAACAGCAGGGCCAUUGCGGCGAGCAUGGGAACGGUGCAGCCAAUCAGUCUGAAGGUUAUGCCACACCAGGAGUAUUGGUUCUUCUUCAAAGCGCACGCGUUUGCCGGCAGAGAUGUCGAGGAGGACCCAAGGAUGCUAGCAGAAGGCAAAGCGAUUGCAAGGAAGCUAAAUGGAUCCUUCUUCGGAGCGAAAAUCAUCGGCGGGGUGCUGAAGGCUCAUCCGAAUCCUCAGUUCUGGCGCAGGGUGGUGAGAAGCAAUAUAGGGGGUUUAUCUCUGUUGGGCGAUGGAAUUGAGUACAUUGCAGAUUUGACAGAGAAUUUGCUACCGAUCGGCGCAGACAUGUGCAAGGUGACCAUUUCUAAGAGUCCAUAUCCCUCUCAGACGGAGCUGGCUAGGUUGGUAUAUCAGGCAAGUCCUAGUGCUGGUGUUGUUGCAUCGCGUGGUGAUAACGGGUUUGCAAGAGUCUUGUUGUGCAGCUUGCUUGUGUUGCUUCCCUGGUAUAUUCAUAAAGCUAGCUUGGAUAACUGUAACCUAGCCCUUGAUGUGUGGAAUGAAAAGUACAGCACACAGACGGUCUUCACUGAUGGAUUUUCAAUUUCAGAUACUUCAGAAGACAAGAUGCCACACCACCUGAGCCUGAAUUGUACUCUACGUGUUAAACAUAAAGGCUGGGGUACCAGGAAACUUGCGAACAUCACAAAGUUGCUAGAGGAAUUUAUCAUGGCGGAGGUCAUCUUCUCGGCGGUUGUCGGAGACAUGGUUGGCAGGAUGAUAUCUCUUCUUGCCGGCCAGUUCAAGGGCCAACAGUGCACCGAAGCCAAACUACGCAAGAUUUGCCAUAUGCUCGUCAAAGUUUAUAGUGCAGUAGAGGAGGCCAAAGGGAGGCAGAUCACAAACUACGGCACCCUCGAGUGGCUUUCGGAGCUCAACGACACAGUGUACCAGGGCCGCUACUUGCUCGACACGGUCGGAUGCAGAGAGCAGGAGCUUGAAGAUGAGCAUGCUGACAAGGUAGUUGCACAACCUUUCUCUUUCUCCUUGUUUAAUCCUGCAAAGCGCGUGCGCGUAGCAGCCUGUGCCAUGAAGAGAUUACUGUCUGGCCAUGAUGUUGGUGUUCCUGAGGCGAUAGAUCGAGUGGUAGAGAUCUUGGAAACCGUAUCCGGUGAUCUCAAGGAGUUCCUGAUGCUCCUACAGAACUGUCAGCCGAUCCAACGUCCUUUGGCUACUAAUAUCUUCGUCGAGGGGCAGAUGUUCGGUCGACAUGUCGAGAAAGAGAGGAUCAUCAACUUCCUACUCCACGAUGGUGGUCCGUCAACCGGAGGAAAACUGGGUGUGCUCCCGAUUGUGGGCGGCAUGGGAGUCGGUAAGACCACCCUCGCGCAGCAUGUCUGCGAUGAUGAGAGGGUGCGCAACCACUUUCCAAUAAUUGUGUAUUCCAAUUUCUCAUACACCAGAGCAAUGGCUCAGGAUGAGGCACCGUUUGUUCUAGGAUCCAAACACGCAGUUAGAGAUGCGCGAAAAUUCAUCGAGUCACUACAUGUACUUAAGGAGAAAUGCCUCACCAAGAGGUUCUUGAUGGUAUUUGAAGAUGUUGACACGGGCAAGAAGCAGAUGCUAGAAGAGUUACUGCCGAUCUUAAGACAUGGCAAACAUGGAAGCAGUAUCAUAAUCACCACAAACAGCAGGGCUGUCGCUGCGAGCAUGGGAACAGUGCAGCCGAUCAGUCUAAAGGUUAUGCCGCACCAGGAGUACUGGUUCUUCUUCAAGGCGCACGCGUUUGCUGGCAGAGAUGUCGAGGAGGACCCAAGGAUGCUAGCAGCAGGUAAGGUGAUUGCGAGGAAGCUAAAUGGGUCCUUCUUCGGAGCGAAAAUCAUCGGCGGUGUGCUGAAAGCUCAUCCGAAUCCCCGGUUCUGGAGCAAGGUGCUGAGGAGCAAUAUAGGGGGAUUAUUUCUGUUGGGUGAUGGAAUUGGGUACAUUAUGGAUUUGGCAGAGAAUUUGCUACCAAUCUACGCAGGCGUCUGUAAGGUGACCAUUUGUAGGAAUCCAUUUAUCUUUCAGACAGAACUGGCUAGGUUGGAGGAUCUGUAUCAGGCAAGUCCACUUGGUGAUAACCGGUUUGCAAAAGCUCUGUUGUGCAGGUCAAUGUUGCCAUUCGAACUCUUGAACUACGCUGCUGAUUGCAAUGUGCGUGGGCCGGACUAUUCAGCAGAGUUAUAAAAUUUGAGGAAGUAGCCUUUGCCCAUAUGCUCCCGUCAAGAAAAGGUCUGCCGAUAUAGGGAUGUGAAGAUUAGACAGGAACUAUGCCUGUUUACAUGGAAUCUGAUGCACCCGUCCCCAUGGAAUUGACUGCUUCGUGUAGAGCUGAAUGCUCUGUUUUAAGUUGUAUUAUUGUUGUUUUUCUUGUCUUGCUUAAACUAGCUCCAAUAACUGUAACGUGGCCCUUGAUGUGUAGAAUGACAGUAGUGAGUCAUGUCAGUGUUCUACUGUGCAUGUCAGUGUUGCCA